AUGACGAUGAAAUGCGACUUUCACAAGCACCGACGCCAGUGCCAAGUGCCCAAGUGCUACAACCAGGUCUACGCGCGCCACCUCUGCGUACGACACGGUGGCAAGCGCAUCUGUGCGGCCGACGGCUGCCACCGCAACGCCCGCAUCACCCAGCACUGCGCGCAGCAUGCGACAUCGCCCGUCCGCACCGAGAUGUGCACGCAUGUUGGCUGUGACCACGUCGCUCACUUGCGCCACAAUCCACGAACAUUCAGCGCCGACUUGCGUGGGUUCCUCGAAUCGAUCGACCUCGCGGACCUCGUGUCCUCGUAG